GCAAGCGGGUUUUCCCUCGGAGCUUGUAGACCGCGGGCCGAUGCAGAUGAGACGUCGACCGCGUGGCCUGUAGCCCCGACUGGGCAUGCAGGGCUUCUGGCUGCUAUGGAGCAGCUGUUUCACUUCAGCUCUGGGACAUGCCCUUGCCGUAGUUCGACCCUAUGCGAGCCGCACCGAAGUUCAGUCUUUGGAAGGCUCCUUCUUGUCGUGGGACACCUUCCUGCCUUGCAAUGCAACGCCGAACGUGCCCAUCGACCUAAUUCUGGUUUACAGCCAGGCCUUCGACGAUAACGCCGACGCUCUGAGUGCGGCGACGAAUGUACAGCGCUCCUUCGAGCUCAGCGAGCAUCCCUGGCAUCAGUGCUUCCGAUCGGUUUCCAUUCGCGCAGCCAAUCUGACUGCUGCCGAGGAUGUUUAUGACUCUCGAGGUUAUGCAGUCAGAAAGGAUUGGGUGAACGGCCCGAACAAAGUCUUUCGAUUCGUUCUCGGUAGCUUCAUUGAUGGCGAUUAUGCUGUGAACUACACGGCCUUUUAUUUUAUGGAGAUCGAUGCGGUGCCGGUCCGAGCCCUGUGGCUGGACCAGUACGCGCGGGAAGCCUUGUGCUACGAGGCCGCGGCCAUCCGCGGGAGCCGCUACCUAGGCGAUAGCUGGGACAUGUUCAACUCCCAGAUGCCGGAGGACCUACUGCUGCACAUCAAUGGCAACGCUAUUUACUAUGUGCAGCACCCAUGGCUCCGGUUCCUCUACCGCAAGCUCAUGGAGGAGGCCACCACGGAACAUAACGAAGUGGCCUUCGACGUGCGCAUGGCGCGCCUCACCUUGGACGCACGCAGAGGAGAGACCUCCGAGCUGGCCGCAGCCUGGGCGGAGAACGUGGCGACCGGGGAGGAGCCCUACAGGGACGACUCCGUGCUCGUGGGAAACUUCGGGAAUACCUUGCUGAAUUCAAGUUUUGACACCGGGGUCUACAUCAAGCACGGGCCCCUGAGCAACGUCUUCGAGAACUUGGAGAAUCUCACCCUGGCCGUGGCCAGCUUCGGGGAAGACCUGCAGCCUUUGCUGGCCUCGGCGGGCCUGAAUCAUCCCUUCAGGACCAUCAUGAUCUUACAUUCUGACACGGUCAACGCCAGCGACGAGACUGUUCAAACACCUCGUGGCCCUACAAAUGUGAUUCACUUGCAGGCGGCCAAGUCGGAGCACCUGGCUUUGUGCGAACUCGCCUCGCACGUGCCCACGCCUCACUUUGUCUUCACCAGCGCCCGGCACUUCAUCGCUUCCCCCGCGCACGUGCUGAUCACGGCCUCAGGAAAUCCUGUGCUUCCGUACAUCAGUGCCAGCUCGGUCUUCUGCGGCAACCGCCCGGAUUGCAUCUCCUCCAUCGCCCAAGCGGAGGACCUCUUUGGGGUGAAGCUGAACUACCACCACGACACCUUUGAGACGGUCUUCAUCACGGACCUCACGAAGGAGUUCUGCCUGAACUGGGAGCUGGCCACGGCCGCUUUGCCCGGCUACGGGGACUGCGGCGUGGUGCACGGCCCCACGGCGGACGACUACGUCGCGUGGCAGAUCUCCAUGGAGCAGACGCUGCUCUACGUGCCCAAGGAGAAGGAGCGCGUGGGCUGGCGGCCCUGGACGACCCCCUGGACGCCCCACCUGCCGGACGCCAGGAACUGCUCCGUGUACACCGCCGCGGAGCAUGCGCUGCAGCAGUCCAGCUUGUCCGUCUGCGGGAUGGUCGUGGAAGACCCGACCGCCUGCCGCGCCACCGAGGGAUGUACGUGGCGGCCCAUCUUCGGCUCCGGGAAGUGCGUCAUCACCCCGAAACUGAACUUCCCCUGGCAGAGCGAGCCCUUGUCGCCGCAGAGCUGCGACCUGCUGCUGGGCACCACGUCCACGACGACGGCGAGCAGCACGGGAACGUCGCUGACCAGUUCCACAACGAGGACCACAACGAUCACCACAUCGUUGAGCACCACGUCCUCCACUCGGACAUUCACCUCGGCAACGAGCACAGCCACGCUUACAAGCACCUCCACCCGCACAUCCACAGGCACGGCCACGUCGCUGCCCGGCAGCUGCCCCGCGCCCACGCUGGGGGGCCAAUUCGACGCCGCCGGCUGCCGCGACAAGUUCCCCGGGGAGAGCUGCGAGGUGCGUUGCCCCUUCGGCUUUCUGGGAGAUCCAAGCCUCUAUACGUGCACGGCGCAGGAGAUUUAUGUGGGCACACCACCCACCUGCAUGCAGACCACCACCAUGACCAGCGUUACCACUACCCAGACGCAGCUAGUAGUUUGCUCCGGUGGCCUGCCGUCGACUUCGGGGGCGGAUGUCAGCGACUGCUAUGGGAAGGUGAACGGCGAGACCUGCCUGGCCUCCUGUAUUCCAACCUACACAGGAGUGUCGGAGGAGUACUACUGCAACCCUUCUACCGCCCUCUUCGAGCCGGUGGCCAGCGGUUUGGUCUGCGAGCAGAUCGCUUGCUCGGCCCAGCAGCUUCCCAGCGACUUCGAUACCUCCGGCUGUGUAGGCGCCUCCGCGGGGGAGCGGUGUUUGGUGAGCUGCCGCCCCGGCUUUCAGCCCGCCGCCGCGGAGUUUCUCUGCGGCGCCGACGGGAACUUCUCGGGCGCUGUGCCCAGCUGCCAAGCGCUGAACUGCUUGAGUGACCUGCUGCCGGCGCUGCCGGGGCUGGACGUGACGCAGUGCUUGGGGAAGGUGGCCGGAGAGGCCUGCGACGUGAGCUGCGCCUUUGGCUUCCAGGGCGAUUCCGCGCGCUACGUCUGCGACCUGGAGGGCGCCUUCCAGGGGUCGCCGCCUUUUUGCGAGAGGAAAGCCUGCGACCUUUCGCCGUUGGACAACUUCACGAGCACUUGUGCGGGUGUGCGACACGGGGACCGCUGUACUGUGUCCUGCGCAGCUGGUUUCCUCGGCACGGCCACUGAGCAAAGCUGCGUGGAUGGCUCGCUGCAGGGCGACCUACCAGCCUGCCAACCGCUGCUGUGCUCCUUUAGUGGGCUGAGCAUCCCAGCGGGCAUGGACGUCAGCAACUGCGGGGGCGUACAGAAGGGUGAGACCUGCCAGGUGACCUGCGUGGGGGGCACCACCUUGGUGGGCUCGGACCUUCUUGAGUGCCAGAGCGACGGCUUCUUCUCGAAGAUCCAGGCGGCCUGCCUCCCGGGGAGCUGCGGGAACCUAUCGUCGGUUCAGCCCUUUAGCCCCAGCUACAUCGGAGACUCCUGCGCGGAGCUCACCACCGGCCAGGUGUGUACAGCCUUCUGCGAGCCCGGGUACACCCAGGAGGGCAACGCCUCGGUGCUGAUCUGCGGAGACGGGCCAACGACCUCCGAGGGCUACGUGGAGUUUCUCCCCGGCAGCCAGGGCUCCUGGCCGGCAGAGGAUUCCUCCGGCCCCACCUGCAACGUGAACUUUUGCGCCAAGGGCAUUCCCAACAACCCAGGCCUGAGCCACAACUGCACGGCAGUGCCAACAGGUGGGCGGUGUGUUGUCACGGCGGAGCUGCCCUAUCAGCUGGACUCUUCUGCUGACUCGGUGGAGCUCACCUGCGAUGCCAGCGGAUACCUGCAAGGCAGCUUGCCGGGGCUGCUGCCUGCGGUUUGUCCCAACGCGAGCUUCGAGGCCUCGGUAGGCAGCACCUGCCAGCAGAUCGCCUUUGGUGGGGACUGCUGGGCCUACUGCCUACAGGGCUCUGGCAGGAGCCGCCGAUAUUCAUGCGAGAUGAACGGCACCGGCCUUGCCCUGGUCAGCUCCGAGGACAUCAACUGCACGGCUGCUCGGCGCCUCGCCGCUUUGAGCGUGGAUUGCCCCAGCAGCGCGGCGGCCGGGGUGGGCCUGGCGCAGCAACAGUUCCUCCACGACUGCACGGACAAGCAAAACGACGAGGCUUGCAUUGCACACUGCGCCUUUGGCUACGACAUGCAGGAGACCGAGCCGGCGGUGUUCCUCUGCCAGAGCUCGGCCCUGCAGGGCAGCCUGCCCAGCUGCCUGGCAAAGGCCUGCAACUUCUCCUGGCCCGAGGGCGCGGGGGUGGCGCACGACUGCGAAGGCGUGACCACGGGCGGCACCUGCAAUGCCACCUGCGGGGCCGGCUACACCUACGCCGCCGGCCAGGUGGCCGCGGAGUUUCAGUGCGGUGCUUCGGGGGCUUUCCAGGGCACAGCGCCGAUCUGUGAGCGCGUGAGCUGCGGAGUCCUGGCGUUGAGUGGGCGCUUCUCCCACAACUGCCGCAGCAAGCGCUUCGGAGACACCUGCGGCGUGACAUGCGCUACGGGGUACCACCUGGGUGGUUGGGGCGCGCAGUUCCUCUGCAGCGCCUCUGGAAGCUUCGUGGGGACUUUGCCCAGCUGCAAGGGCAACCCCUGCCCCAACCCCUUGGCCAGAGACGUGUCGCUGGACUCCAGCGGCUGCGAGAACUUGACCACGGCCCAGAGCUGCGACGUGCGCUGCGUCGGGGGCUUCGCGCCCAACAGCUCCACCUUGACCUGCGACGAGUCGGGUUACUUCACAGGCAACAUCCCCUUGUGCAGAGCCUUGCAGUGCACUCCGCCGCCGGAGCUCUCCAAUUCCUCGCUGGCGCACACCUGCAGCGAGGUGUCCUUCAACCGCAGCUGCGCGGUGCUCUGUGCGGCCGGCUACUUCUCGUCUUCGAACUCCUCGCUGGAGGAGUGGCGGUGCCUGGAGAACGCCUCGGCCGAAACCGCCGUGGAGCUGCGGGGCUCGGUGCCCCUCUGCGCGCCGGCGAGCUGCAGCUCGGGGCUUCCGGCCACCAGCGCACGCACCGAGGCCAACUGCAGCGCCCUUUCCACCGGCGAGCGCUGCGCGCAGCGCUGCGCCGAGGGCUAUGAAGGUGACGGCGAGGGCGAGGCGGUGUUUGUGUGCGACAGCGACGGGGCGGCGCGGAGCAACCAGACGCUCAGCUGCCAGCCCGUGGUCUGCAACACCUCCGACGCCGGCAAGUUGGGUGCCGCUGGCAUCGCCAGCACCUGUGGGGACGCCGUGGCCUACGGGUCGCGCUGCGCAGUGUUCUGCGAUGUGGGCUACGAGGCCGACGGGGUUCAGAGCUGGACGUGUGCGGGCCCCGGCUCCGACCUGCCGCCCGUCGAUCCGUUGGAUGCCAAUACCUCCGUGGUGCUAAGGGGCCGGCUUCCAAACUGCGUGCCGCGGGGUUGCUUCUACAACUUCCCCAGAGCGGCCCAGUUCAGCCAUGACUGCGAUGGCAUCGCCACGGGCGACGUCUGCACGGUGCGCUGCGCUGUCGGCUGGGCCGAUCCAAGCGGAAGCGACGGCUGGUUGCUGCGCUGUUUGGCUAACGGCGGACUGAGUGGCGCUCUGCCGAGCUGCCAAGUGGUGACGGCCACAAUGACCAGCACAACGGGCACCAGCACCGUCACAGAUUUGGAGGUCCGGGUCACGGUGGCUGGUGAGCUGCAGCUGGAGGUCAGCGGCGAGGGCUUUCUGGAGGAAGCGGGGGCCCAGCGCGCCUUGGCCCAAGUGAUGGUGGAGCUUCUGCGCCUGGCGCCUUACCAACUCUCCCUGACCCUAGCGGAAGCUUCCGGCAACGGCACUCGGCGCUUGGCGCCGCUGAAAGCCAGCUACAGCGCGGUGCUGGCAGCUGAGACGCAGCAGCAGGCGGACACGCUGGGCGCAAACCUCACGGCGCGGGUGAACGCCACGGGGCUGGAGGAGCUGCAGCGCUGGGUGGCGGCGGCGCUGCGGGCGGAGCUGGGCGAGGAGAAGGCGGCUUUGUACGCGCUGCAAGUGCGGGCGCACUAUGUGGACAUCUACGUGGGCACGCGACAGCAGGAGGUCGUGGCCAAGGAGGUCGCCGAGUGCGGUGUGCAGAACCUGCCGGCGGUGGGAGGCGCGGGCGCCUUUGUCUGCGCCGGGACUUCCUGCCGCGCGCCCUGCGACGCCGGGGGGGAGGCGCUCCUGCAGUGCUCUGGCGGUUGGCAGAUUCAAGAGGAGUGUGCCAACGCUUUCUCCUACGUCUGGGUUAUUGUGCUGGGCUCUGCUGGCGCCCUGUGCUGCCUUGUCACCAUUUGUGGCCUUGCCUGCGCUUGCCGCGGCAGCAAGACCGCGCCGGAGCCGGAGCCGCAGGAGCCGCAGACGCCCUCCAUCCGAGAGCUGCCGUCCGGAGAGGCCUUCCAAAACUGGGCCUCCCAGUGGGAGCAGAGCCGGCCCCGCACCGCGCCCGCCACAGAUCUGCCGCUGGUGCCGCCGGCCCUGCCUGGGACUGCCGGCAUGCCGGACCUGCGCCGCGCCGCGGGCGCCAGCGAGAGGCCCGCCACCGCCGGGCUGCCGUCGCCGCCCUCGCGCCCGCCCCCCGCGGAAAUGCAGCGCACGCAGCUGGCGCAGCUGGCGCCGCCGCCGCUGCCGCCCAACGUAAGGCGGGACAGCUCACCGAGAGCAGCAGACGACCUGGUGCUGCAAGUGGACGAGCUCUCGCCAAUAGCACCGCGGGAGCCCGAAGAGCGAAUCCAAGAUGCCUUGGAGGACAUUAUCGAAGAUGCCGAGGACCACAUCAUGGUGCACGUGCAGCGCAUUAACGGGAGCCUGCUGGCCAAGAUCAAGGCAUCUCAACGCCAGAGCGUGGCUGAUCUGGUGGACUCCAUCAAGCAGGUGGCUGGGGUGGGCCUCAACCUGACGCUCAUCCUAAACCUGAAGGUGCUGCGCCCCGAGCAGCUUCUGGAGGAUUGCGGCUUCUUCGACGGAUGCCCGGUCACGGCCAUCAGAAAUCCGGAACUUCUGGUGGCCGCCGCCUUCGACGACGGCCUGGCCGCCGUGUGGAGUGUGGAGUCCGGCAAAUGUGAGAGGACCUUCGAGUGCCGCUACGGCGGGGUGAAGUCUGCAGCCCUGGCGCAGUCCGGGCUGAUUCUGGCCCUGGGCAUGGUGGAUGGGACGGUUCAGCUCUGGAACGUGUUGACCGGGAAGUUCAUGAGGCAGUACAGCGGCCACCUGGGCGCCAUCUUCUCCGUGGCCUGCUCGCCGAAUGGCAAGCUCCUGGCCACUGGGUGCUUUGAUGGGACGUCCAGACUGCUGAACAUCGAGAAUGGCAGGGUCAUCCGAGUUUGCUCCGGGCACAGAGGCAGCAUCAAGAGCCUGGCCUUUGGCGCCGACUCGAGAACAUUGGCCACGGGGUCAGAGGACUGCACGGUGAAACUCUGGAAGGUGCUGGAGAGGUCAGGGGAGUUGACCUUGUCGGGCCAUACUGGCACGGUCACAGCGAUCGCCUUCUCGCACCAUGGCAAGGCCAUUGCCACCGGCUGCGACAACGGAGAGGUGAGCGCGUGGUCCGCCGUGUCUGGACGGCUGGUCUGGGAGCUUCCGCGGGCGGAGGGCGCGGUGAAGACUGUUGCGUUCUCCCGGGAUGGCGUCAGCCUGGCGGUCGCGGACUUCAGCGGCAACUGCGCGCUCUACAGCGCCUCGAGCAGGACCUGCACCACCCGGGUGCAGUGCCCGGUGGCUGCGCCGCGCUGCAUGGCCUUCUCACCGGCCGCGCAUCUUCUCAUCUGCGGAAAUGAAGCUGGGGAGUUGAAAGUCUAUGGCAGCGAUGACGGGGAGUGCCGAAAGACGCUGGAGGCUUGUGCCAUCCCGUCCAUGGCAUCGUCCGCAUCUUGUGUCGCAGUCUGUGCUGGCCCGGUGCCAAAGAAGUCCCGACGGCGGCUGGAGGAUCGCGAUGAGAGGACGACUGAGCCUAGCGCUUGCGGCAGCGAGCUUGCCAUCCCUCCAUGAGCCGACGUAAAAAUCGCGGCCUCAGCUCACAGAUUUAACUUUCGUUGGACCCGAAAUUGGGAGCGGCCCGAAUGUUUUGACCCUGGUCUCCCCUCAG